AUGCCCGUUAUUGCGAAGGAAACCUUCGGAUCUCCAGUCCCGUAUGCGGAGCCUAGCUGGUACAGCAAAGGCCACAGCAGCCCCUACUACACACAGUCCCACGUUGAAUGGCGGGCUAGAUGCCGCAAGUUUGUAGAGGACGAGGUCAUGCCCAACGUCAGCGAGUGGGAGAAGGAGAAGGCCAUUCCCAUGGAGAUCUACGCAAAGUGCUACAGGGCUGGCCUCCUGCCCAGUUUGGUCGGCCCUAAGGGUUACGACUACGCUGAUCCUGUUGUUGCUGCCAAGCCACAAGGCUUCGACUACUUCCAUGAGCUCAUCUUCAUCGAUGAGCUUUGUAGGUGCGGCUCUGGUGGCGUCAUGUGGGGAAUGAUGGGCGGCCUCAACAUAGGCCUGCCUACUGUCUUGAACUUCGGGACCCCUGAGAUGAAGGCUCGAGUCGCUCCUCCAUGUGUCCGAGGAGAAAAGAACAUAUGUUUGUGUAUCACGGAGCCCCAUGCUGGGAGUGAUGUGGCCAGUAUUAGGACUACUGCCAAGCUGACCCCUGAUGGGAAGCAUUACAUUGUUAACGGCCAGAAAAAGUGGAUCACAAACGGCAUAUUCUCCGACUACUUCUCGGUCGCUGUCAGAACUGGGGGCCCGGGCAUGAAGGGCAUAUCUAUGCUGUUGGUGGAGAGGGGCAUGCCCGGCCUCAAGACCACCAGAAUGGACUGCCAAG